CAGAAACCCGUCUCCCCUCCCAGACUCAGGUGCCUGCUUCAGAAAAUGAAGUUAUAAGCCCACUGGCCUCCGCCAUCUUAGGUAGAGCGAGCGUCCAGUGAGGGAAGGAUGCAGCCGGGGAAUCUCUGGAGAGUUCUGGGACUCUGCCUCCUAACAGUUGGCGCUUGGGCACAAGAAGAGUCUGAAGAAACUGAUGAAGCCUCACAAACAGAAACACUGAAACCGUAUAAAAUCUCCAUCUCUGGAAACAGUGUAGAGCUGACAUGCCCUAAGGAAACUUCUGGAAUAACUUGGGAAACAACUGGUGGAAAAACAUAUAAACAAACUGAGGGCAAACUGUUACUGGAGAAUUUUUCAGAAACGGAGAACAGUGGUUAUUAUCACUGCUAUGAAGAAGGCUCGAAGAAAGAGGACCAUAAGCUCUACCUGAAAGCAAGAGUGUGCGAGAACUGCAUGGAGGUGGAUCUGAUGGCAGUGGCCACAAUCAUUGUAGUUGACAUCUGCGUCACUCUGGGCUUGCUGCUGGCAGUGUAUUACUGGAUCAAGAGCAGAAAGGCCAAGGCCAUGCCUGUGACCAGAGGAGCGGGUACUGGUGGCAGGCCCAGAGGACAAAACAAGGAGAGACCACCACCUGUACCUAAUCCAGACUAUGAGCCCAUCCGGAAAGGCCAGCGGGACCUAUAUGCUGGCCUGAAUCAGCGAGGCAUCUGACAGCUCCUGAAGACACUGUCUCGCCGUGACCCGGGUCUGGCUCCCCUCCAGGCCUGCUACUCCCUGUUCCUGGGCAAAUCUUGGACCCCACAGGAGAACUGUUCCUCUGCCUUGUGAGGAACUCACACCCUCAGCCAGGUCCCCAGCCGCCUCCUUCCUACUUUCUCUGCUGGCGCCCAGUCCGAGGAUAUUACUGCCUCAUUAUCCUUUGAAACAUCAUCGCUACUCACCCUCACCCCUGACCUGCUCUCUUGUCAGGAUAUUUAUUUCUGUCCUUCACACCCCCACCCCAAUUCCUUCCUUCCCCGAUGGAGUUACCUCUCCCUUUGGUUCCCUCCUUCUCCUGUGUAGAAGUUGCCCCAUCCCUAACUAUUCCAUCUACCUUUCUCUGUUUCUCUCUCCCUCUUUGAUAACCCUCGGUGAGAAUGGACUGGGUACAUGCUGACAGAGUCCUGCCCUGUUCACAGACCCUGGCCUAGAGCUAGUCCUGUACCCCCUUCCUCCCUGUCUCCAUUGCAGGCCCCUAGGUGGUCAUUUGCAGCUCCAAGAAUGUGCUAGCCUCCUUGUCAGCUGAGAGAGAAAAGAAAUAAAAUGUAUUUGGCUGAAAGAGUUGCUGUCCCUCUUCUCUGGGAGGCCCUCAGAGGCUGCCUCAUGUCCUGGACAACGCAGGUCCUCCCUGUCUUUGACUCUAUUCCCAGCUCGGACCCCAAAUGCAAGUACUACCUGUUUUCACAGCUGAAGCAGGCAUUAUCAGACGCUCUCUUUGGAAAGGGCAUUGGGGAAUAAAUCAGAGAGAGAGAGAAAGACAGAGAGAGGGAGAAAGGGAAGGAGGGAGGGAGGAAAGGAAGAAAGAAGGAAAAGAAAAGGAAAGGAGGGGGGUAGAAAGAAGAAAGAAAGAGAAAGAAAGACAGAAAGAAUCAUUUGACUGACGUCUUCUGCAGGAAAACAUCAAGGAUGGCAGAGAGCGCCUGGCGGGUCCCUGAUGGCGUGGUCAGUUCAGAAAAUGAGUGAGACAGAAACAGAGGCCUUAAAAGGCAGAUGAAGGCAGCAGACAGAAGAG